CGACCCGGGGGCGGGGAACAGACGAGGCCCGAGGGUGGAGUGGGAGCCGGAGUGGGGGAGACGUUGAAGUCCCCGCAAGCUCGCCCUGCUGAGGGUCCCGGGGGAGAAGGUGGAGCGCAGCGAGCGGAGGGAAGAAAACACUCUUUUUAGAGCCUCUUCCUGGUAUCACCAGAAAUGUCUUCCUUAAGUGGGAAAGUCCAGACGGUGUUGGGCCCCAUAGAGCCCAGCAAACUGGGCCGUACCCUGACUCAUGAACAUCUGGCGAUGACCUUUGACUGCUGUUACUACCCGCCUGCCCUGUGUCAUGAAGCCACGUCUCGGGAACCUAUUAUGAUGAAAAACUUAUUCUGGAUUCAAAAAAACCCUUAUUCCCAUAAAGAGAAUCUUCGGCUGAAUCAGGAGAUGGAAGCCGUAAGGGAAGAACUGUUGUAUUUUAAAGCCAAAGGUGGAGGGGCUGUGGUGGAGAACACGACCGUUGGGAUUAGCCGAGACAUGAAGGCUCUGAGAUGGUUUGCGGAAGAGACAGGCAUCCACAUCAUAGCUGGAGCUGGGUUUUACGUGGAGGCAACUCACUCCCCGGAGACCAGAGCCAUGUCGGUAGAGCAGCUUACUGAUGUCCUCGUUAAUGAAAUUCUCCAUGGAGCUGAUGGAACUAGUAUCAAGUGUGGCAUCAUUGGAGAAAUUGGCUGCUCCUGGCCUCUGGCUGAGAGCGAAAGGAAGGUUCUUCAAGCAACAGCUCAUGCUCAGGCUCAGCUAGGCUGUCCUGUUAUUAUUCAUCCUGGAAGGAAUGCAAGUGCACCAUUUCAGAUUAUCCGAGUAUUGCAAGAAGCAGGUGUAGACAUCUCCAAAACGGUUAUGUCUCACAUCGAUAGGACUCUACUUGAUAAAACGGAACUACUAGAGUUUGCUCAACUUGGCUGUUACUUGGAAUAUGAUCUCUUUGGGACCGAACUCCUUCAUUACCAAUUCAACCCGGAUAUCGACAUGCCCGACGAUAAUAAAAGAAUUAGAAGAGUGCGUCUUCUGGUGGAUGAGGGCUAUGAAGACCGAAUUCUGAUGGCACAUGACAUACAUACGAAGCAUCGGCUAAUGAAAUACGGAGGUCACGGCUAUUCUCAUAUACUCACCAACAUUGUUCCUAAAAUGUUGCUUAGAGGUAUCACUGAGAAUGCAAUUGAUAAGAUACUGAUAGAAAACCCUAAGCAAUGGCUAACUUUCAAAUAGGAAGGUUGUUUAUGAGUUCAUACCUUGAGUAUCAAGCUUGCGGAGAACAUUUUUCAGUGAUUUCCAGUGCAUUGUGAGAUAUUAAUCAGAGCCCUGUAGGACCAAUAGUGGGCCCUUUCCUUUUCAUGAGAAUUAGAAGAGUUUUGCCUUCUCAGAAACUGCGGUCGCCCCUGUACCUUAAGAAGUUACUAACCUAAUUCUGCCCUAUUGUUUUGCCUCCACAAAAUAAAUACAGAAAUACCUAUUUCCAAACAGCGAUUUACAGUCUGUGUCCCCUUAGUGGAGUUUUGUUUUGUUUUGUUUUCUUAAUCUAUCAGCUGCACUACUUGAGAAAAUUUAAAGUGUUUCUAGUUAAAUUACCCCCUUCUGGAGCAAUCUAAUGUUACUUGUAAUAUUAAUGAUCCUACUAAUUAUCCUGCUGUUCUUUAAUUAAUGCUUAAUGAAUAAUACCGCACUUUAAAAUAGCUUCGGCAGCAAAGGAAGUUAAAUUUUGAGGCUUUUUUCCCCCCAGAGGAUACUGUAAUACAAUUACCAAUUCACAAUGGUAAAAAAGAUUGUGUAAGCUUAAUUAUAUGCUGUCUACCUUAUCUAUAUUUACUGAUAAUAAAUCAGUUUUGUUACCUGUG